CUGACUGAGCGGGGGCUCGCCUAUUUCCAUUCGUGAUCGAAAAGGACAGCGUGAACAAUUCGAAGCCGAAUUUCCUCAUAGGAGCAUGUGGGAAAGUAUAAAGGGUUUCUUUAGAAGACAUAAGCGCAAGUUUGUUGUCGGGGGAAUAGUAAUUACUGGAAUCUACAUAGUUAGUCGUUACGCGAGAUGGCGGCUUGAUGAAUGGCGUGCCAAUCAGGAAUUAGAAUACAUUGCACAAGCGCGUAAACAACACCACUUUGAAAGCAACCAGAGGACAUGUAGUGUCACCCUUUAUUCUCUGAUUCCAAGUCUGAGAGACUCUCUCUUAGAUAAACUAAACACUGAAGAGAUCACUGCCAAAUUACGUGAGAAACCUGCAAACAAACUCGAACUAUGGGAAUCGCUCAAGACUUUGAGCUUUGCACGGACUGUAACCGCGGUCUACUCUUCUUGUAUGUUGUUUGUGUUUUUACGGGUGCAGCUUAAUGUGAUUGGGGGCUAUAUGUACUUGGAUAGCUUAGUUACGCCAGUAGAGGGAGGCAGUAAUGGCAAGAGGAAACAUGUUGCUGAGGGUAUGCAGAAGAAGUAUCUAGCUCUGGUAAAGUACCUGCUGAGUGAAGGCUUGGACAAGAUGACUGACACCAUCAAGCGCUCGACUGAAGAUAUCCUAAGCGAUAUUUCCCUGAAGGACAAACUAACACAUGCAGAACUUCAAAGGCUAAUCAACCAUAUCAGACAGACAUUUGAGUUCUCGCAGCAGACCAGUUCCUCCAUGUGUUCUUCACAAACUGGCAGCACCCCCCUGAGCAGCACAAGGCCCUUUUGCCAGUUCAUGGUACCCGAAGACAUGGCAGCUCUAGAUGGCCGGGGGGAGACUGCUAUUGGUGGGGUUGAAGGGGAGGAGUUUAUGCGUCUUGUUGAGGAGACUUUGGAUGUGCUGGAAAGUGAGGAUUGCAGUGCUGUGCUUCAAGGGUGUCUAGAUGUUGCCUUUGCACACAUUUUAGGCAACAUUGCACCAUUCUUUCAAGCAGAAGAACUAGAUCUCGGUGCAUAUGGUGGCUCCCAAGUGGCUGUGAGUCUACCCCUUGCCAAAAUCAUCCCAAUUGUGAAUGGACAGAUCUAUCACAUGUUCAGUGACUCAGACAAUAGUUACCUGCAAGACUUGUUCAAAGUUCGCUUCGCUGGUGAAUUUGCUGCAAAUGUGUAUGAAGCGUUCAGUACUGAAGUGGACUGACAAUUUUUAUAUGAUGCUGAUAAUGCGGGGAGUGGUUACCUACUCUUUUGAACUUAAAGAGCUCAUCAUACAGUACCAAUCAUACUUUCACCUUUUUCAGAGUCAAAUCAUUACACGAUAAGUAUGAUUGUUUUGGUAUCCUUGUAAAGUAACAACCAAAACAGUCAACCUCUUUUACUGGUAGUCUUAUGUAGAUAAAAUAAGGAUGUCUCUGUUUCUAUUGCAUCUCUGGUUUAAAAUUCAACGUUUAAUAUGUUAAAAUGAGAGUUGUAAAUUGCUAAAUCUAGCUGAUUGUUGGUUAUGAUGUGAUUUUGUUUGGUAUGGCUUGCCUAAUCUACCUCUCUGUAUAUUUAUUUGUACACCUUUUUGUAUGAUUUGUAUGAUAUCUCUUUCUAUGUUUUUUGUGCAAUGAAGAAAUACCUGACUGAUCAAACUGUAUGGUUCUAACUGACUCGAAACAACGAGUUUAAAAAGCUCUAUUCAGCCAAA